AUGGAUAGCAUUUUGUUCUAUGGAGACCGAGGCGAGGCCUCACGGAGACAAGUCCGGAGCGCGGCGGCGCAGCACUCGCAUCGCAUAGGACCUCGCAAACCGAAGUCCAGCAAGAAAACCAAAACCGACACUGCAUCGACGACGAAGAAGCGGCCGCUGAAGGCGAAUAAUUUCGUCUCUCAUGGUCCGGCUGAUUUGGAGAAGCGGGCGGCGAAGGGCAGGCCAUCGACGAGUGCGAACGGCAGUUUUAGCAGCAGCAGCAGUACGCCACCGAGUGCGACGGCAGCAGUCGCGACGAACCAAGGUGCAUUAUCGAGCCCGGCUUCGACUCCAUCCCACGAACAUAACGACGCUAAACGGCAGCAUUCGUUCAGGUUCAAGGAAGGGCGUGGCGAUGAGCGGCCUCGAAUGCCACAGCCAUCUAGCAGCAGCGAUGCGCCGACUCCAUCAUACAGCACUGGACCAGCACCUACACAAGCGCAGGCGCCUCUUCCCCCGCCUCUGGUCAUCGAGCGAAUACCGCAGGCCGUCACGAGCACUGCAAGCCAUUCCAGACAGAGCUCAGGCGCCAGCACGGUAUCGCCAUCGACGAGAUUACCGCAGUACUCCUGGACAGAGUAUCCACGAUAUGGACUGAGUCAUACCGCGUUCCAGAGUUCGCUGCAGACGUUGGCGCAGGCGGCUGUGGAGUCUUCUGAUCAGAGAUUUUCUCCCGUACCGUCGAGGGGAGGCUCAGUUCCAGAAUCGUCGCCGAGCACGACACCAUUAUCCGGUCCAGAGCUGGCACGGUCGAGAGCAGUAUUGGCGGCAGGGAGGGCAUCCGAAACUCCACCAUCGGUACGAGGGCCAGCACUUUCGUCAGCAUCAACGAUAGCAUCGUUCACGGCGACAGCAUUAGCAGCGGAAUCAGCACCAGCAGGACCAGCACCAACGCCGCCGUCAGCAAGAUCAUCAGCAUCUCCAGGGCUACGUCGACCGUCGGGAACAUCAACGUGGACACCAGCCAACCUUCCCGGCCCUCGUCCAUGUAUAGGCGAGCCGAAAAGAACAGGCCCAACGAUGAUAGAGUCCCGCGAGCUGCCGCGGCUCGAUUCAGGAGGUCCAAAUGGAGGAGGCGCAAAUGUGUCGAGUUUUGCUGAUUUUCUUCGGAGUACCGCGGACGGGAGGCAGUACAUUGACGACUUGGAUCGGCGGCGGUCGCGGUCUUCUGCUGGUAGCGAGGGUCGGGAUGGGGCUGUGAAGCAGGAGGUUCCGCCUGAAUGGCGAUGA